UCGAUAUUUGUUUGGUUUUCGCGUGAGAAAAAGAAAGAGGGAAAUAUUUUUGCUUUUGUUUUCACGCAAUGACAAUUCUCGGAGGCACGGAUCAAAACAAUAAGGAAUAAGAUUAAUCGAAUAUCUAGUGCAAACUUUUUCUAGCAGUUUUGAUAAAAAAAGAUAGAUUAGGCUAAAAUCCAUUAUUCGGUAAUCUUGCUGAUAGCAACAGAGUUAAAAGCUAGGCAUCUGGAUUUAGUUGUUGAUUGCGAAUAAUCGAAAUCAAUUCAUAUUAUUCAUUAAGCCCAGAGUCUGUCGAUAAGCCAAGAAGGGUGCCGUGUUGCUAAAUGCGAUUUGUUUUGGCCAACCUAACUUUGAAGCAAUUACGUAGCGCACUACCGUUACUGCAUACAACAGACGAUGAAACGAGUUUGUAUUAUUGGCUAAUCAAUAUCAACUAGAAUAUUGUGUUGUUGACGGAUAUGUGUUUGAGAUGAGCAUGGAUGUCCGUAUAGAAAAAGUGCAUAUUUCAAUCCCUUUGCGGAUUGCAUCUAUGAUUGCACUUCACGAAAGUACGAUCGUAAGUACAACCCUGCUGGUAAACAUGCAUUUCUACUUCGUGUUUCAAGCACUCUUAUGCAUUGGAUCUUGAAGAAAAAUUGUUCCGGAAGCACCAAGGUGAUACUACUCUUCUGAUCGCGUCUUUGUGGACUCCUUUUUAUAUUUAUCCUGAAGGGUAGGGUUCAAUCAAACCAUAUAUUUUUUAUGCGUAUUUAUGCACACAUUAAAUACCAUCUACCAACAUUUCUAUUAAACUUCAUGACGUAUCCAUACAUUCAUUCGAAUCAUUAUAAGUUCCGAAAGACGUGGUCACAGAUACAGAAAAAGAAUGAAAUUUGAUCGGGUCUGGACAUAGCAAACUUGUGAACAUAAAAAGCAAAAAGUAAGUAACAGCAACGGUCAUAUAUGAUGUGAAUAUAAGUUUAAGUUUAAUGCCACAGAGUGCUUAGUAAAUACUUUAACUUGCCUAUGACCAACACAGUUUUGUUUCGUUCUUGUGCUGAUGCUCUUAUCUGUCGGGAUUAUCAUUUGCAAUGAAACGAAUCAGUGGAAGUUUUUUAAAAGGUUUGUAUGUACUUACUACAUAUGAAUUGAACCACUUCGGGGUUCAUUUGUUCAGCUGGGGGAUACGCGCUGGUACCAUCAGCGUGACGUUUUUUUGCGAAUCGCCGGCAUACUUCUCCCGUAACACUCUUUUUCAUGAGCUCUGAUGCGCCGAUCAACUUCAUGGCUAACAACCCAGCAAAUAUGCUAUCUGUUGACGCUCUUUUUGACAAUUCCUUAAUUUCUGACUUAGUCAUUGAAAUUCCGUCCAUUUCGGUAAAAUCUGCCUGUAAAAUUCAAACGUUUGAAGUUUCGUUAGUUAUUUUUUUGUGAAAUGGCAACGGAGAACUUUUUUUUAUUUAAAGGGAAUGAAUCAUGUAGAAAAGACUCACAUGCUUAAACAAACACACACAUGCUUGCUCGCACUUACAAGUAAAUGUAACUGGCACAGCAUUUGCACGUAUAAACAAUAGCCUACCUUAGGAAUGUUGCUAGAGUCUUUUAAGGCCAUGCACUCUUUUGAUAAACGCAAUGCAUGAUUUUCAGUAUCCAAUUUGGCUUCUGCAAGAGCUGCCACUUUCUUGUUAAGUAUUCUUACUUUUUUCUUUAAGCGAUUGUUUACCUUCCUUAGCAUUUCCGUUGUUGGAUCAUCAAACUCUUCGAUUGUAUCUACUUCCUGAUCACUUAUUUCUUUAUUUUCUGCCGCCUCUUCCUCAUUAGAUGAAUGUUGCUCCUGUAACUCGAUUUCUUCUUGCGUUUCUACCUGCAGUUCUAGAUCUGAAUCCUCUUCUAUCUUCUCUAUCGCAAUCGAAUUUUCAGUAUUUUGUGAAUCUGUAGCGUCAAGAAACUCCAUUUCUAUGUAUUCGCUACGCGAAAGUUGAUCCUGCAACUAUACAAGGAGGCGAACAUUAAUCUUAUUUUGUGAUUUAAAUGAUAUGAAGCGCGACAAACUUGCUCCCUUUUUCUGUUAGUUAUACCCAUAUACAGUCAGGAUGUAUCAAAAGGUCAGGAUGAGGGUAUCCAACUAAUAGUUUAAGUCCAAGUCGAACCGUGGAUUCUAUUCUCACCGUCGUGUGGUGAAAAUAAGGCCCAGGAUUCGAUUUUUCAGACGUUCAGCUGGAUAUUCGCAUCAACUGGCCAAACUGAAACGAACAACAAAUUUUUGAUUUAAAAAAUCAGUCCUGUGCAGUCAGUGAAGGUACCUAUGUGAGCUCUGAAAAACUUUUUUUCGGUUAGUUGACUGGUGAAGGACAUUAUGACGAUAAUGAUGAGAAUUGAGCCCUCUUUCUAACUUGACACUUACCAAUUCUGAAAGGUCCUCGGCGUUCGUAGCUGCAGCCUUUUUUUUCGUACAUUGAGGUUUUGCCAAAACCGUCUCAAUUUCUAUAAUUAACGUUGGUUUUAUGGAUUUUACAGAUGUUCCUUUUUGAGGAACUGUUGGUAAAAAUAGUUUAAUAUUCGAAUGAUUAAGAAUAAAUCAGUUUUUUACCUGUAAGGUUCUUGAUUUUGCGAACCAUCGCUACCUCGCUGCCUGACGCCGAUAAAUGCAGUUGCAAAAUGGCCGAAGCAAGAGGAUUUUGAACCAAGUAUGGAGUCCUGUCAGUGUUACCAGGUUUACUGCCAAAAAAUAUUUACGCAUCGAAGUAAAAAUCGAUUUUGUCUAUCAGUAAAUACAGCCGAAAUUGUUAUCAGAUACAGGUCAGUGUUUUCUGGUCAAAUAUCUCCACUAUUGGAUCACAAAAAGAGUAUUUUUCAUCAGGUUGCUAUUUCAUUUUUAAUAUAUCUCCAGUACUGAUUGUAUGGCAGCUCUGAUUUCAAAAGUUUUCAUGCACUAAACAAGUUUGUCUGCAUUUGUCGUAAUGUUAUUUAAAAAUAAAAUGUUGCUAUGGACUAUUUAAUUUGUGGGUCUAUUUUUGAACAAAAUUAUAAAUGGCAAAUCUAGUUAGCGUAUUCUGGAGGUAUUCAAGCUCUUCGAGUUGUCCAUCGUAUAAAAUUAUUAUUUACUGUCGAAUCUUGAAUAUUGAAAAAAAAAUCAAAUAAAAAUGUUAAAAAAGUCACGAAAUCCGCGAAUGAGUUAUAUAUUUAACGGAAUCAGCAGUUCUGUGAAAUUUAGAAAGCAACAAUCAAAACGUGUGGACAAACGUACAGGAAGUUGUUCCAAUAGAGAUAAAGUGCAGACAGAAAUUAGUGCGGUUCGUGACAGCGAGCCUCAAGAGAUAGAAUGUCAGCAAUCGGACGAGCAGAUCCGAGGAACGUCUUUUGUUCCAGAUAUUUUUGAUCGCAUGGAUACAUCUGAAUCACUCCGGAGCUCUGACGAUGACGAUUUUUCAAGCAACGACCAACAGGAUUUUUUAAGCCAGACGUUGAACGCAACCGGCAAAGAAAAUGAGCCUACGAAUGAUUCGACGCAUAGUGAACUUCUUCAUCCGAUGUUGACAAUUACGAAAAAUGAGGUGAUGUUUCUAUUGCUGAACAUUUUCAUACGGCAUAAACUCACUAACGUCGCUUUGGUGGAUUCACUGCAAAUGCUAAACAUAUUUGUUGGUGUUGAUGCUCUUCCAGACAAUUUUCGACAAUUCAAUAAUUUUUUCAGCCGAAGAUGUUACAGACGACAGUUCAUGCGUGUGGAUUGCGGGUUAUUUUUGGGCGAGCAGAAAGAAAAAUGCGAGAACUGUGAUAGUGUGCCGGUCACAUUUUUUAUUGAGUUCGACUUUGUUUCCGAGCUUCGCCGCAUAUUAUUACAAAAUUGGCAACAAAUAAGGAAUUACGUGAUAGACUCAAUCAAAAAUAGUUACGUGGCAGAUAUUAUGAACUCAGCCGUUUAUAAGGAAAGGAACUUAAAAAAUGGUAUUACUCUCAGUAUGAACACCGACGGUGUAAAAAUCUUCAAUUCGGCGAAAAGUUCAUUAUGGCCAAUCAUGUUCCAGAUCAACGAACUACCACCUUGUCUUAGGUUUCUUCGAAAAAAUAUGGUCAUAGCAGGUCUUUGGUUGGCAAACAAAGAUCCUAACCUAAACGUUUUUUUUGAAACCCUUUACGCAAAUUUUCCAAAAACUCUACAGUGAAGGACUUGAUUUGGGAGAUGUCAAAAUAAACACGAUCCAAAUAAUUUCGUGCUGUGUUGACACGAUGGCCCGUUGCAAGUAACAGAAUAUUAAGCAAUUCAAAGGAUACGAGGCAUGUGGGUAUUGCUUGCACCCCGGUGACCUAUCUGGGAAGCAGGUUAGGUACGGAUACAAAGAGGGUAUUAAAAUGAGAAACCAUUAUGAUACUCUACAUGCUAUGGCAAUGAGUGAAGAACGUAAGAUUUCAGUUAAUGGUGUUAAAGGCUUAUCUCCGUUACUAAGAGUUACUGGGUUUGAUGUAAUAAGAAAUGUACCUGUAGACUAUAUGCAUAACGUGCUGUUGGGCGUUUGUCGUCAGUUAUGCUCGAUUUGGUUCGAAACACCAGGUAGUCCUGCCUACAUAAAAAGAAAAUUGCCAGUCAUAGACGAAAUCAUCUUUACGAUACAUCCUUACGUUGAGGCUUCGCGAAGAACACGGAGAAUUACAGAAGGAGCUUCAUGGAAAGCCAACGAAUGGCUCCAUUGGUUGUUACACUAUAGUCCGAUCUGUCUGUUCACAACUUUACCAACGCUAUACUACAAUCAUUUUCUACUGCUAGUUGACGCAGUUACAAAUCUUUUGCAAAGUAAUCUUACUGAAUGUAAAUUUGAACUUUGUGAAGAAAUAUUGAAAAAAUUUGUAAAAGAUUUCGAGACGCUCUACGGGAUUGAGGAAAUGACUUAUAAUGUCCAUUUAUUAACGCAUCUAGUCGCUAGUGCUAGAGACUAUGGGCCAUUAUGGUCAUUUGCACUAUUUCCUUUCGAAGACAUGAAUGGUAUUUUCAAAUCCUAUAUCAAAGGGCCAAAUGAGCCAUUGAUGCAAAUAGCUAAUCGGUGUAUUUUGCAAUCAGAAGUUAACUAUCCUCGUAACAGAACACUACAAAAGAAAGUAGCAGAUUUUUGUGAUAAAAUAAAUCGAGUUCAAACCAUAGGUACAAUAAACACACAAGAAAAAUAUAUUCUCGAAGAUGUUGUUAAAAAUAAUUACAGUAAUAGUAGAGAAUUUGAUAUUCUAUCACGAUUGAAGUACGCCGAAUUUAUUUACAAACCUACUUUCAUUAUAAACUCAACCAAAGGAAAACAUAAAAGAAAAAAGCACAAUGAUUGUUAUUUUAGUAUAGAAGAAGGCCAGCUCCGAAUGUUUGGUAUAUUUCAAAAAAUUUUGUAUGAUGGGCACAAUCCUUAUUUUCUUUACACAAUUCUGAAGGUAAAACUAAUUAGAAGUCAUUUCUGGAAGAUAUUGAAUGUUGCCGACGAAGGACUCAAGCUAAUUAGAGUGAACAACUCCAUUUCAAAAUUAAUAUCAUUCAAAUAUGACAGUGAAACAUACAUUAGUAAACUGCAAUACAAGUUACGGGUAGAUUGACAUGUUACACAAAAAUUUAAUAAAAGCAUUUUUAAAUGAUUCUUUUCGGUUUUAUAAUAAAAUUACAUCCAAUGAAAGGUAAACGACGGUAGUAACAAUAUUUUGGUUUACUUUCUAAUCAUGACCAAUAAAAGGUUAAUUUAUUUGUUGUUUAAACCAUUAAUGCUGAACUGAGCUGUACUAUUUUGCAGAUAGUUACUAUAACAGAUUUGGUAUAAUUAUGGUACAACCACAGACAAACAGACGUGCCACUCGAUGACGAUUUCAUCGACCAGAAAAAUAACGAUUAUUCUGAAAUUUUGGUUAGUGGGCAAUAAUGCCGCUAGUGUCGUCAUAAGCAAUCGUGCACAAACAUUAUCAAAGACAAAAACCAUCAGUAAUGCUCCUGGUGUUAAUUUAAGCAAGCGUGCACACCCAUUAGCAAAGACAAAAACCGUUUUACGAAAAUAAGUUAGUAGGCAAUAAGCUCACAUGGUGGCGCACGAGUGUAACGUUUCGAAUAAGGAUGAAGAUUUUUCAGGAUUUUUCAUCGAAGAGGCACGUCUGUUUGUCUGUGGUACAACAAUUCAAAUAUUUCAUACCAUAUGCAAUAUUGUUGGCAUAUAGUUAAACUAUUUCAAAAUUCAAUAUUUUUCCCAGUGAGAACUGUAAAGGACAUAAACCACAAACAGUUACCAUUUAUCAAACUGUACAGUAAUAAUCCUGACUAUUUUAUAAAUGGUUUUUGAUUAUACCGGAUAGAAAUAUAAAACAGAGUAGAUGUUACUCAGUUUAGGGUAAAAUUGAAGGAGCGUGUUUUAGCAUUGGCCAAAAAUUGCAGAAGUAUCGAUACUUGAGUAUCGAUAAUUUCUCCCUAAUUGUAUCGAUGCCAGGUUGAUAUCGAGGGCGGAGCAUCGAUACCAGCUGUAUCGAUACUCUGCCUGCUACUUGAAACAGGUCUAUGAAAAGCUACCAUUUUUUCUUGAUUAUUAAUACGGAAAAUCAGAGAAGCCAGGUGUUUUUGAAAAUUUUACGCAACUAUUCGAAAAACCGACAAAAUCUGCUUACAGUCUGUAAAAAAUUUGCCUGUGAUUUGAAAAAAUACGUUCGCGCAGGCAAAAGUCUGCAAAAAUUUUUAACAGAUAUUGAGAAAGUCUGCGUAAACAUGAAGAAACUCUGACAAAAAUCUGCAGAGACUCUGGAAAAAAUAUAAUUAUCUGCGAAUCAGUAAAAAUCUGCACACCGACUCUAAAAAUCUGCGUUUUGAAGACAAAUCUGCAUAUUUUGUAUCCCUGCGGUCAAUAGACUAAUGGUACCAGAAUGGGACAGUAGUGACAGAAUUAUAUGUCACACACACAAAUCAAUGCAAUAGCAUACGCGAGACUGCGGCCUUAUUUGAAAUAUAGGGCAGCACGAUAAUCCUGGCUUCUUAUUCUUAAUUGCCUGCCUUUUUGCAAAAACUCGGCGCUUGCUCUGCACAGACAGUAUUACCAAAUGCGGCAGCAUUUUUCUCGCAAGAGGCAUGAAAAACCGAUGUCUCUUAAGCUGGAAGUACAAAGUCAGCAGAACAAAGAGUUAAUAGCAUGAAAAUUUAGUGCUCAUUCGAUGCUCAUUUAAUGCCAUAUCGCCGAAUUUAAUGCUCCAUCAUUUCUUUGAAAAAUGUAUUUGUUUGCUAGCUUAAGAAAAUAGCUAGCAGACAAUAUACGAAAAUAGCAUUUUUAGUCACAAAACGGUUCUAUAACGGUCAAAAACAUUUAAUGCUCAUUUAAUGCUCUUAUAAAAACCUGAUUUUCAUGAUAAUUUUAUUGAUUUUGUAUAAAUUUUUCAAAAAUAUGACAUUAUAUGA